AUGGACAGACGUUAUGGUCAUGACGACCAGGACGAAAAGGUAGAGCUGAAUACCUAUCGAGGCUUCCAUUCAAACAACAGCUUCGAACAUCCAGAGCCUUUCUCGCCCUCACCAGUCUCUCCAAGGCCUCUUACUCCAAUCAGACCGGGUCAUUUCCCUACCGAUGAGUACGGCCAACCUGUUUGGCUUCAACCCACUGCUCGAAUGUCGGGUCACUCUGAUUCCUUUCACAACUCGUGGGACACACGGACACCGUAUGAUUCCCGGUCGGCUUCACCUACUCUAUACCAAAACCACGGAGUACAAGAAAGCCACCAGAGUCUUGCUCCCCUAGUGAGCUCACCUGCUCCUCCAUCAUUUGAAAAAGAUUGGGUCAAAUCUGGAUCCAUUGCUCGCAUCCACGAUCGUGAUGAUGCAGAAACAUGGAAAGGGUGGAAGAGGUGGGUGUUUGCCCUGGUACCAUUUCUCACAUUUGCCAACACCGGAAUCUACUUGUUCUACCUUGGUCUGAGAAUCGCCUGCAUUAUUAUGGCUCAAAACGUUGCUGGAGUCUCAUAUGCUGGAGCUUGGGUCUUUGUGGCUAUCGAAAUUACUGUUGCGAUCCCCUCCCUCAUGCAUAACUGCUGGACUAUGAUGGCUUUGAAGAAGAGAGGCCGUGCCAAGCUGAGAUUGACCGGUGGUGAAUGUCCUACGGUGGAUGUGUUUAUCACUUGCUGUGGAGAGGACGACGAGGUUGUUCUUGAUACUGUCCGUGGUGCGUGCGACCAGGACUACCCCCGCGACCGGAUGAGGGUCAUCAUCCUGGACGACGCCAAGUCUCCCACCCUCGAGGCUGCCUGCAACGAACUCGCCUCGAACCAUCCCAACAUCAUUUACAUGGCCCGUGAAAAGAUCCCCGGAAAGCCCCACCACUUUAAGGCGGGUAACCUGAACUACGGUCUGGACCAAGUCAACCUUAUGCCUGGAGGCGCCGGCCAGUUCAUGGCCGCCCUGGAUGCUGAUAUGAUUCCCGAACAAGAGUGGCUUCGUGCGAUCCUUCCCCACUUGCUGGUGGAUCCAAAGAUGGCCCUUGCAUGCCCGCCACAGCUUUUCUACAACACCCCUGCAUCCGACCCGCUUGCCCAGAGUUUGGAUUUCUUCGUGCAUGUUAUUGAGCCGAUCAAGGAUGCACUCGGUGUGGCUUGGUGCACUGGAUCUGGUUACGUCGUUCGACGCGAGGCUCUCGAAGAGAUUGGCAACUUCCCGCUUGGUUCCUUGGCUGAAGAUGUCGCGACCUCAACGCUCAUGCUUGGCAGAGGAUGGAGAACUGCAUACAUCCACGAGCCUCUUCAAUUUGGCACCGUGCCGGAAGACUUUGGUGGACAUCUCAAACAGCGUACGCGAUGGGCAAUUGGAACCGUCGACACAGCUGUCAAGUUGAAGUUCUGCCUUUGGGGUGACGCCGUUCGACAGAUGACCGCUGCUCAGCGUUUCUCUGGCUUCCUCUAUGCAACUCUCAGUGUCUACACCCUCCUGCUAACUGCCUCCCUCUUUGCUAUCCCAGUCAUCCUUUUGUGGGGCAAGCGCCUCGUCGCCUUCGCGACUGAAGAGCAACUCCGCUGGCUGAUCUGGGCCUGCUUCGCCGCAACCAUCUCCAACCGUCUCUGUGAAAUGGCCCUGUUCAUCCCGGCUGGCUACCACACCGGUCAACGAGGCUCCCGCUAUCAACUUUGGAUGUCACCCUACAUCGCUCUCUGCAUUGUGCGCGCCUUCCUCCUGCCCACCUGGCUGGGCGGUCAAACCCAAGCCUUCAAACCAACGGGUUCUCUGGGUUCAGCUCUAAACGAGCGUGACCCAAAGAAGUCGAAGAACAUGUUCGUCCGCCUGCGCGUGAUCCUGCUCAACUACAUGGCCAGCUUCCACCUUGCCUUCGUAUACGUCACCCUUGUCGCAGUCGUCAUCUCCUCUUAUCGCUGCUUCGCCCAGAACAAUAGCUUCAGAGAUAUUAUCCUCUGCCUCAUCACGCACGCUUUCUGGCCCCCGUUAACAUUCCUUUUCAUCUGCACUUCGCUGUGGACCCCGGUAUCUUAUGCGAUCGACCCACCAGCCAUGCCAGAACGUGAGGAACUUCUGACACGCGACCCUAAAACUGGUGUCGCGCAUCCGACAAAGAAGAGUAAAAAGAUCGCCUUUGGUGGCCAGGCCGCUUGGUUCGAGCUCGAAUACACGGUUGCCACCGCAGCCACGAUCUUGGUAUUUGUCUACUCAUUUAUGUUCUAA